AUGAAUUACGGUGGAUCUGAGGACGGCAAGUGGAAGGAGAAUCAACCGGUACCAAAGGUGAUAGUGAUGGGCAGCAGCACUGCAUCAGAAAACACGAUAAACACAAGUACAGACAGCUCCAACACAAUCGUAACGACAGUUACCGCCACAGACGGUGAAGCAACUGAAGACAGCCUGGACUUUCCAGAACUCGAUAUAUUCGCUUCCGAAAACAUUCUGGACAAUUCCAAGAUGCCCAACGCCAUACUGGAACCGAUACCAGUAUCCCCCAAAACUCCCGCAACUGCCAAACAGAGAACUCCUCCCACCGGCAAAAGAACAGACACCAAGUUCACCUUCGAAGUCCACAACUCGAAGAACUCCAUUCCAAUGGAGGAACUCACUCCCAAAAGAGACGAUAGAUUCAUCUACGACAAUGACACCUAUUCACAGAAAAGUACCGUAGACUCAUUGAUGGAGGAGCAGAUAGAAGCAUUGAAGCUCGAAGCUAGGAGGAGGAACAGCUACAGGCAGGCGGCGCAAAACCUUGACGUGAUUGAGGUUAUGAGUGAGGAUAGGAACGGUUGUCAGAUGAGCCCCAAGGAGCACAGGAGGAGCUUCAAGAAGAAGCUGGACGUGGAUAAGCAGAAGAGGGAGAAGACUUCGCCGAAGAGGAGGGCUGAGAGGGCGAUGAAUUCGUCACCUGAGGAUUCUGAUUCGCCGAAACCGAAACAUAGAGAGCAUCAACGUUUUCAAUAUUUAGAUAAGUCAAAAGGCGUUGUGAAGCAGCAAAGGGGCAUAUUGAACAAAAACCUCCAUAGCCUCCGUGUGAGUAAACAAAAAAUCAUCAAUAGGCAGUUCGCUACUCAUUUCAAUGAUUUCCCCGACACACAAGCAUCCCUUUUCUCUAGAAAAGCCGAUCUCACUGUGCCAAACAUAAGCAUGUCAGGAGUAACCAUACCUUUGAAGACAUCCAUUCCUCUGCUUGGUAUCACUAUCAGCAAUAACCUCUCUUGGGAAAAUCACGUGAGAUCAAUUGCUAAAAGUGCAUCCCAAAAACUUGGUUUUCUGUUUCGGGCCAGGAGCUAUUUCACUUCCAGUCAGCUGCUUAUGAUCUAUAAGGCACAGAUCCGACCUGUCCUGGAAUACUGUUCCCAUAUUUGGAGUGCUGAACCCAAACAUACCCUGAAACUAUUGGAUUCUGUUCAAAAGAGGGCAAUUCAUCUCGUGGGUGAUGCCUCGCUCACAAACUCACUCACUUCUCUGACACCAAGAACUGUGCACUAUAAACUAAUACAAACAUGGAUAUGA